CGCCGCGUCACCCAGCAGACAGGCAAGGGCAAGAUCCACCGCAUGUACACCCUCAUCGUCGUCGGCGACGGCAACGGCCUCGUCGGCUUCGGCGAGGGCAAGGACGAGGAGGCCCCGCGCGCCGCGGAGAAGGCGCUCGCCGAGGCCGUCCGCAACAUGGACUACGUCGAGCGCUUCGAGGACCGCACGAUCUGGACGGACAUGGAGGCCAAGCUCGGCGGCACGCGCAUUCUCCUCCGCCCGCGCCCGGUCGGCUUCGGGCUCCAGUGCAACCCGAACGUGCACCAGGUGCUCAAGGCCGCGGGCAUCAAGGACGUCAGCGCCAAGGUGUGGGGGAGCAGGACGCCGCUGAAUGUGAUCAAGGCGCUGUUUAGGAUGCUGCAUGCGGGUAAUGCGCCGCUCGCGAUGGGCGACGGUGUUGGCGGGCGCGGUAGGCGCAUGGAAAAGGGCUCGGGGCUGCGCAGCAAGGACGCGAUGGAGCGGGAGCGCGGGCGCAGGAUUGUUGAUCUGCGGACGUGGUAA